GAAUCGGUCCCUCUUAACAGUCAGUACUCACCCCUUUCCCACCACUCCACCCACAUUGACCAACUACACUCCCUCCACAACAACUCAACUAAACGUGCGCCACUUAACUUACGCACCCCAUCUUUGACGCCUCCUCUCUCUCUUCCCACCCCUCACGCAACUUCCAUCCCCUGCCCAUAUAAAAACCCAAACACCCCCACACACUCUCCACUCAACCCAAACACAACAAACAACCUUUCCCUUCUCCCUCUCUCUUUCUCUCUCACAAUCCUUUCAAUCUCAACCGUUAACUUCAUCUCUUGCUUCAUCAAAUGGCCUUAGAAGCAAUCAAUUCCCCAGUCGGACCAGCCGCCCCGUUUUCCUACGAUGAUCUCGACCAGCAUAACCUCGAGUCCUGGGUAAAGCGCAAGCGAUCCAAGCGUCCGCGCUUCGACAACCCAACCACCGAGGAGGAGUACCUAGCUUUCUGCCUCAUCAUGCUUGCUCGGGGCGGCAGCGCUGCAGCUCCCAGCAUCCGCGACCCGUCUCCACCGCCGCCUCAGCUGAAGCUCUCUUACAAGUGCUCGGUCUGCAACAAGGCCUUCGCCUCUUACCAAGCACUUGGCGGGCACAAGGCUAGCCACAGAAAAGUCGCGAUUGCUGGCGACGAUUCUGGCAGCACCACUGCUGCUGCUGGCACUGUCAGCAGCAGCAGUGGUGUUAUUAGCGGCAGAGCACAUGAGUGCUCCGUCUGCCACAAGACGUUCGCGUCAGGACAAGCACUUGGUGGGCACAAAAGGUGCCACUACGACGGUGGCAACGGUAGCAGCGGUGUUACGAGCUCGGAAGGCGUCAGUUCAAACCACCACCGCGAUUUCGAUCUAAACUUGCCAGCGUUGCCGGAAUUCUAUCUUGGAUUUGACAGUAACCGGAAACAUCUAACUUCGAGCGAGGAGGAGGUUGAGAGCCCCUUAGCUGCAAAGAAGCCCCGGGUUCUGUUGGCGAAGACUGAGACUAGUUCUUGAUUAUUCAGAAUUUGAUGGAAUUUUCUUUUCUUUUUCUUUUUUUUUUUCUUCUUCUUUUUUUUUCAAAAUUGUGUACAGAGAGUUUAUUCAUUAUUUGUUUAAUGUACCGUGUUCAAUGAAAGUGGCUAUUUAUUUAAUUUAA